UACAUCUGGAUCCCAUCAUGCGGCGGCGAAUUUCGAAGUAGUUCCUUUGCAAAGGAGAAAGAGAAGCGUUUUAGCAUUAAACCUCCUGACCACGUACUGGUAUUGGUAUUGGGCAAACAAGUCCUACGCCUGUUAGCGAGUCAGCCCGUGCGCGUUAUUGUGGAUUCUUUCUGAUCCUGUAUAGUUUGGAUCUCCCCAGAGUUCAGAACUACGAACGACUUGCUGCUCUGAAGACGAGAAGCAACGCAAGCAGCCGCGUGACGGUAAAAAAAUCCAGACCGACUUCGAUCUAUCCAGCUCUACCGAAGACCUCCCUUAUUUGCGCGUCAGACGCAAGCUGACAGCAGUUUACGUCGGCGAACAGGUGGAAGAAACGCCAUCUUGUAUAAGGCUCGAAGAUCCCGCACGAUUUUUGUCUCCUGUGGUGGUCCACCCUGUUGGUUCACUUUCGCCGACGGAAGUCCGACACGAUAUUUCGUACGGGAAAUGCAACCGAUGAAGUACGUAGAAGCGAGAAGUACUAACACUUACGAAUACGAAUCCCCCGAUUUUUGACCGAAAAUAAACGCGUCGGCAGGUCCAAGUUCGAUAUAUCGCAGAACGCUCGCGAAGGUUCCGAUACCGAUUCCGAUUAUUCGCUACAGCUGUCCUUGUUUGGGUUUAUCGCUCCUUUGCAACCGCUUGUACGAAGAAGUCGAAGUUUGAACUCUGUACCGUUUACGUUUUGUUCCGGAUACUCAAGUCACGAAACACAACACCUCCACGAAAAUGGGUGGUCGCAGAGGAUCUUCCGCUUCCCGCAAGUCUCGCUCGCCGUCUCCGGCGCCGCGCAAGGACAAGGACCGCUCCCGCUCCCGUUCCCCGCUCGAUCGCCGUCCUGCCAAGUCCCGCUCCCGUUCCCGUGGCGCGACGGUAUAAUGUGGUGCUUCUCGAUGUCAUCUCUGAUGUCCUUACACUUAGUGUUGCUUUUUGCGCCUCUUCUUUGAUGUACGAAGGGCAAGGGUACAAAGUAGAAAUAAACGAUUUAAUUUCGAGAUAAAGAAAGUGAAACGCAAACAAAAAAAAAACGCACUUCACAAAAAUGAAAUACAGAAAGGGGAUGAACCGCGGAGAAAGGGCGGCUUAUGGAUUGCAAAAAUGUCUGGGUCUGGAAGAUUGCAACUUGUCAUGGUAAAUCUGAAGCAUGCAAAAAUCUGUGUUGCAUGAGUGGCAAAAGCUGUCCACUUUUGACCAAGUUGGAAGGGAGUUUCUCAUGCCGGACCGGCAUGGCGGAGACCUCGCAGAGUCUGCCAUGCUAAGUCCCGCAUUCCAGACCUCAUGGGUCAUAGAAAAUCUGCAUGACAAAAUCUACACUUUUCCAGACCCAGACACUUUUACAUUUGAUACGGCUACUACAAGUACAACUUCGAUGAGAAGGAGGCCACCAGGACACUUUUCCUUGCCAAUAUCCUGAGUAAAAACGUCCCCACACCAGAGUCAGGAUGGGGAUUUUGCAACACAAACCUAGGAGUUUAGUGAGUCACGCAUGACAAAUUGCAGGCUGUAUUGUAGUGCAGUUUAGCAAGGGAAGUCGCAUUACAAAUCCCUCUGCUCAUCCUGUUCACAGCAUCACAAAUUCCAAAACACGACUGGAAAUGGCUCUCAUGGGGAUGCGCGUUACAAGUCUUCCUGUCUUUGCAAAUCUGCAUUACAACUCUGGCGUGGGGACGUUUUUACUCAGGAUAGCCAACAUCGCCGACUCAGCGAACGAAUUCGACGUCCAGGACUUGUUCAGCAAGACGCUCGGCUUCGAUGUCAACGAGGUAUCAUCUAUAAGGAACGAUGCGCAUUACCAUUAUAAAUUCCUGUUGCAGCUUCAUGAUGUUGAUCUUGAUGUAUGACAAACAAUUACUGCGAGUGCGACGAACCUCAUGAUAAUGAACCUCCUGAGUCCUGCACAGCGCAGACACUGGGUGAUUUUCUUCGCACGAGUUACUCAAUUGUUCUUUAAAUUUAUGUUCCUUCUUGAUUUCUACUUUGUCUUUCUCUUUCUUAUCAGGUCUCGCUCCCGCGAUCGCCGUCGGCCCGGACUCACCGUGGUUACGGGUUCGUGCACCUGAAAGAUGACCGGGAUGUGGACGAUUGCGUGAAAAAGGCCAACGGAUACGAAUUGCGCGGAAAGCCGCUCAAGGUCGAGGAGAAGCAGGUAUUAGAAAUAUUUCCGUAAAAAGUUCUAGGGUCGUUAGCAGAAACACCAGAAUGGGAAUCAAGAAACCGAAGGAAAAAGCGACGCCCGUGCCACGGUCUUCGUCUUAUGGUCAUGCCCUAUUGAAGUAGAAAGAGAAACAGGGAAUGAAUCAAUCGCAUAUCAACAAAAAAACACAGUCCCGACCGCCGCGCUCGAAAGGAUUCAAGAAGGGUGAUGACUACGGGAGGGGUACCUAUCGCUAUUGCUAUUUUUUCUUUCAUACAACGCCACACGCAGGCUUUACUUUUUUAAAUCGCUAGUAUCGAAGAAGCUCUUUGUUCAUUUUACCCUGAAGACUGCGACCUCAAUUCUCUAUUUUUCGGUAAUCAACAUCAAAAGGCCGCCGUGAUAGCCGCGGGCGUGGAGGUACUACGUUGAAAAUUUCAAGAAUAAGAAAACGAGCAAAAUUUGGUGUCUAGAAUUCAAAACGGUAAGGCGUCGGGCGCCCUGUAUUUUGUUUUUGUUUUGGAUAGCGCGCGGCAGGUCGCGAGGCAUACUACUUCAAAACCAUCAGAAGCAGAGGACGCGACACGCUGAAUGUGUUAUCGCGGCCGCCUACUUCUCGAUAAAAAAAAACGAGAGGCCUGGCAUGGAGCCGGCUCACGAAGACGGGCCGAGGGCUACCAACCUCACGCACCAAACUUACUAGUUAGCUAGGUGUGGCCGUUGCUGGAACAUUCAUAACCGGGGCCCAAUGGGCUCGGGCCGUUACGUGGUCCGAAUAGGCGAGCUGCAGCAACGCCUCCACAGGCAAGCGAGAAGCGGCCCGAAGCUACUGAAAUAUUAAAGCCAGCUUCUGCAAGGGUGCCCGAGUAAAGACAUCGCCAGGGGACUCGAUACAGGUACUCUUUUUCUGCAUUGCGCCCGUGAUUCACGCAAAAUUUUGCUAUUCCCACUGGAUAAAAUUCCAAGAAUGAACAGGGUCGACCCCUUCCGAGAGCCCUAGUUUUGGGCCAUUCCUGAAACGGGCUUUUGCCCUAUUCCCACUUGAUAAAAUUCCAAGAAUGAAAAAGUAGGCCCCUCCGGCGACCCCUGACGCGGGGGGUCGCCCAGAGGACUUUUUUGACCGUUUUGUGCUCCAAAAACGCACUUUUUGACGUUCGCCCACUUCGGAAAUCGAUUUUGGAGCCACGCGGCGCCCCAAUUCUGGACGCCCAAAAUGCAGCCCGUCGGGGAGGGCAGUCCCGCCCUGCUAAGGGUCCGGAUUGGGCGCGCAAAUUGGGCGCACUACUUGCGGCGCCGAAAAAUAUGCUCCGACACUUGGCCAACUCUGGCAAAGACGUCGCGUAUCUGUAAAGCGCCCCACUUUCAUCCUCCGGCCAGCUGCUUGCCGGCGUCAAGAAGAGCCGCUUUGCCGGGCUGCGGGGGCUCUGCCGGUUCCUCUCCAAGUACAAGUGGCGCCCCGUGGCGAUGGUUGGCGAAAUGAUGUCCCGGCCGGAUGCAACCCGGCCGAGCCCAAGGGCGCCGCGUGCUGCUUCUGCGCUGCCGGUCGAGCCGCCGGCGUCGUGUUUCGCCGAUCUUGGAACCCCUCCCGGCCGCCCUAAAGACUCUAAAGGCCGAAUUUUGCUCGUUUUCUUAUUCUUGAAAUUUUCCACUCAGUAGGAGGCCACCGUGGGGACAAGGGAUAUGGCCGCGAUGACCGUUACGGGAGCAGCAAAGGUGGUCGCCGGAACAGUCGUCCGCGUCGCGACAGCCGCCGCCGGUACUAGAUGGUGAAGAUAUAUACGGGAAACUAGUGUUCGUGUUGCGUCAACAUCGCAAUAGUGAAACGACACAUACACGACUAUUAAGAAUGUAAGUGCUGCCACCAGAAUUAUUAUACCUAUACGAAUACCACGAAGCCGUUUUUUCAUCCCAAUUGAAAGGUCACAACAGCCUCUCUACCUCUACUGAACUGGAACAUUCUUGAUGCGCUUUUUUUUGUGUUGAAUGAGUAAGAUCACAUUCAACAGCUCAAACUUCAUCUUUCAACAUCAUCAGGCUGCUUGUCACCUGCGUCUUCUCUAUGAUGACGAGGUGGAAGGGCCUAGGAACAAAUCACAGAUACUGAUAAACUUCAAUCAAACACAGUGCCUCCCUAUAAGUACGAAACAGGAAAUGCAAUGUAGUACUCUUCAAUCGUCUCUACUCAAGAACACGACUUCUCGUCUUGCGUAUUAUUAUUAUUUAUUAGAAACUGUGUAUCGUGUCCGUGUGCAUCUCGUAUGCACCAAAUGAAUUUCAGUUUCACCCGAUACACUGAAGAGGAACAAGAAAGAGGAAUUACAGCCAGCAGAUCGAGAUCAAAACGAACAAAUACGAGAGAAAGUAUGUAUGUCUUUCUUGUUGAAUGAACACACCUGUGGUUGUGACUUUCAGCAUUUAUAGAAAUUCAUGUCAGAAGAUGAAGACGUGGCUACGGCAGGUUCCGGCGCGCCUGUCGUCGUUCCAGGAGAAUAUCACCCUGUUACUGUUUUUCCCGAAUGGGAAUGCGGAGCCUUGUUCCUGGCUCCUUGUUCCUGUUCCUGGCUCCUACGAAUCAGUGCCGGGGUUCUCAUCCGUCGUUGGUUCCUGUAGAUGACCACGACUCACUCCAUUUAUUUCAUUUGCUCUUCUAUUCUAUUGUCGGUGUCUUUUCUGGAAUAAGAGGGACUGUUGAGUGUGGGGCCAUCUUGGAAUGGGUAGGGAUUUCGACGAAAAAGUUGCAGACAAAUGCGAACGAGUUGCAAGCCGCG